CUCUCCCCUCUCCUCAGAGCGGAUCGAGCUCUUGAUAAAGGUGUGUGGAUGCUGUGGUGCUCUCUCUUACAUGUUUACAUUUAAAUCGCGUCUCCGGUGAGGUAGAUAAAACAAUGCUGAGAUCCCCCCCCCAAAAAAAAAAAAAAAACAACAACAGUGAAACAGCGAUGGGGAACAAACAAAAUGUUUAUUAAGUAGUGAGGGAGUCUGUGGUGUAUUAACGGAACACAGGGAGCAGGAGAGAGAGAGAGAGAGAGAGAGAGAGAGAGAGGAAAGGAGGAGUCGCAAGCAGGAGGAGAACCAAAAAAAAAAAAAAAAAAAAACCCUGCAGGUUUGUUGAGCCUGUGGGGAUGAGGACGAGGAGGGACGUAACACAUCCAAGGGUGUCAGCGUGAUUAGAGGAGUGGGAGCUGGAAGAGGAGAGGCACCAACGCAGGUGAUGGCGGGUAAAUGGACCGGGGUUUGCACACUCCGACGGCCGACCGCAGCCCCGUCAGCAGCCGCAGCAUCAGCAGCAGCAGCAGCAGCAUGAGGAGGUGGAGAUUAGAGGGAACAAACACAGAGGAGAUGAACCUUAUCAUAUCCUGAAGGAGACAAGACAUAGAGCAUGACCUUGUGGUUGUCUACAGUGCCAAGGAAGAGCCAGGGAGAAGCCUCCAUGGCCAGAGAAUCAUCGCCUUCGUAGCUCCAUCAGGACCCCUGUUAACCCUGUUGCAAGCUGCACUGGGGGGCUCAAACGUUCCCCUGACUCCACCAGGGGGCUCACUCCAACCCAUCUGCCAGCUCAGAUAACCCUCUGACUGUUGGCAACCACAUGUUUGAGGUGACUGUGUGUGACUGCCGCCGCCGCCGCCGCCGCCCAUUCUCGAGCAGCAGCAGCAGCAGCUUCCUGCGACCCCGAUCUGCACCAUGCAGUGGAGACGGCGGCAUUGCUGUCCCAUCAAGAUGACCUGGACCGUCAAGCGUUCGCUCUUCCGGACCCAUGUGGCCGGCCUCCUCUCUCUGGCUCUGCUCUUCACCCUCUUCUUAUUUUUCAGCCACCAGGACUGGCUGCCAGGACGCAGUGGACCCCGGGAAAACCCGCUGGCCUACACCGUCAGGGGCUUCCGCAGCCCCAAGGGAGAAGCCAACCAGAGCAGCUCCCUGAGGAGCCUGUGGAGGGAGACGGGGUAUGUAGCGCCAAAGCCACUGCUCAACCUCAGCUCUCAGCAGGCGGAUGGGGCAGCGGGGGAGACAGCAGGAGGAGGAGGAGCCAGGAUGGCCGUAAUGGGGCUUGGGGACUCUAUGAGCACAAACAACAGUUUACAGAAGGAGAUGGGUGUAGGAGGUAGGCUCAGCGCUCAGCCCUACCGCUACAUCCUGAACGAGCCUUUCAAGUGCAGGGAAAGCAUGCCCUUCCUCAUCAUCCUCAUUGCUGCAGAACCUGGCCAGGCCGAAGCCCGCAACGCCAUCCGCCAGACGUGGGGGAAUGAGAGCAUAGCAAUGGGCCUGGGGUUCGUCCGCCUUUUCCUGCUCGGCACAGGAAAGAGCUCAAACACCUACCUCCAGAGCAGCAUAGAGGAAGAGAGCCGCAUCCACCACGAUAUCAUCCAACAGGACUAUCAGGACACUUACUACAACCUGACCAUUAAAACCCUGAUGGGCAUGAACUGGGUGGCCACCUAUUGUCCACACGCCUCCUAUGUGAUGAAGACAGACAGCGACAUGUUUGUCAAUACAGAGUAUCUCAUCCAAAAGCUGCUGAAGCCCGAGCUGCCUCCCAAGCAGAGGUACUUCACCGGCUACCUGAUGAGGGGCUAUGCCCCAAACCGGAACAAGGACAGCAAGUGGUACAUGCCGCCGGAGCUGUACCCAAGCGAGCGCUACCCGAUAUUCUGCUCCGGCACGGGGUACGUGUUCUCAGGGGACAUGGCCGAGCUGAUCUACCAGGCCUCUCUCAGUAUACGCAGGCUGCACCUGGAGGACGUUUACGUGGGGAUCUGCCUGGCGAAGCUGCGCAUCGACCCGGCGCCCCCUCCCAACGAGUUCCUCUUCAACCAUUGGCGGGUGUCUUACUCCAGUUGUAAGUACAGCCACCUGAUCACCUCCCAUCAGUUCCACCCCAAUGAACUCAUCAAGUAUUGGAACCACUUGCAGAGCAACAAGCACAACGCCUGCAUCAACGUGGCCAAGGAAAAAAACGGCAGGUACAGACACCGAAAGUUUCAUGGAGAGAGGCCUCCUUGAUGCAACCUGUGACUACCACCCGCUUCAAAAAAAGGGAGAUGGGUGCACUGUAACUACAGCCAAAGGAGGGCAUAUUGAACUCAGCACUAUACACUAUAUGGGGAAAAGCACAUUGUUUUUGGUAUUGUGUACAGUCGAUGAUCUAAACUAUUUUUUUAAUUUGAGAAAAAAAAAGUUAAGUAUUGUAAACCUGUUGAGCUGUUUCUAAAAGGAAGAUUGGAGCACAUGGCUGCAAUGUAGAGCUUGCACAAAAAAGUGCUGCUGCUCAAGAGUAGUGUUUAUGAUAAUUCAGGUGCCAACAGAAUUCAUGCUACAGUUAAUGUGGGGGCUCUCCUCGAAAGGGUAGUACAGUGAGUCACAGAAAAAAAAUUAAGACACAAUCGUGUUUACACAGACAAAGGGAAAUGCACAUGUAUUUUGUCGACAGUUACACUACCUAAAUAUGAAUGAAAGUAUCUUUGACGUUGACCAGUUAUGCUGCCCUGUUUCUCAGUGUUUACUUUACAGAUUUAUCAAAGAAUAUAACACGAAAGAAAAGGUUUAUCUGUCAUAUACUGUAUUUUGUUUUUAAAAAAUCUACAUGAAAGCACUCAUUUCACGUCAGAGAUGACUGAGAUUGUAUUUUUUAAAGCUUUACAUUGAGUAUGACUGCACUUGAGCAAAUGUGCAAUGAACUAAUUAACAAUUAAAUGUACUGAACUCA